UGACGGUCUGGAGCUAACAGAAGCUAACUGCAAGCUAAAAUAAGCUACCUGCGAGCUAACAGACGCGAACUGCGAGCCAACAGAAGCUAACUUAUAAACAGAGCAUCCCGCGUUGUUUGCGUUCAGUCAGACUUUAUAUGUAAAUGAAAUAUUACUGCAGCAGAAUGUAACGUCACAGUUAUUUUACAUCACAGUGUGGAGGUAACGUCACAGUUACUUAUACUUCAGUGUGGAGGUGAUGUCGCGUCACAGACUCACCUGCUAACACAAGGAAGGUGGAAGCCAAUGUUGGAACAAAUAAGAAAGAAUCAGAAUCAGAAAAACUUUAUUGUCCCCUGCAAAAAGCAGUGGAAAUUCGUCUUUGACGUGUUCACAGAUGUGCAUAGAAUAACGAAAAUAAAUACGCAUAUGAAAUGAGCCAUAUGAAAGUAUUGACUUUGUUUCAACAACAUAAAAAACCUAUUAAGAGGUCUGAGGUCAUGUUUCUCCAGAAUGAACCCAGUCCGCAAACGCCUCAAACUCAGCCCGUUGGCGCCUGCUGUAACCGCCAAGGCCACUGCCUGCAGACCUCCCCGCCCUGCUCAGUUCCUUUCCCAUGAUGCAACGCUGCUGCCGCCUCCAGCUGCUCCUGCAAGGGGCGGAGCUGAGCAGCAGCUGCAGCAGCAGGAGGAGGAGGAGGAGGAGGGUUACCUGCUGGUGGAGGAAGACACCACCGACUCCAGCCUCAUCAUCACCAUGGAGGACAGCCAGGUGGAGGUGAAGGCAGCGAGGAGGAGAGCAGUGAGGAAGAGGAUCAGGAAGCUGACAGAGGAGGAGGGUGAAGCCUCAGACAGUGAUGAAGAGGAGGCUGGGGUGGAGAUAGACAGACAGCUGGACCAGUCACUGGAGACAAAGUCCAAACAGCACAACCUGACCACAGUGAACGUCAGGAACAUCAUCCACGAAGUGAUCACCAAUGAACACGUUGUGGCCAUGAUGAAGGCUGCCAUCAACGAGACAGAGGCCGUCCCUCCAUUUGAACCCAAAAUGACUCGUUCCAAGUUUAAAGAGGUUGUGGAGAAGGGAGUGGUGAUUCCAGCCUGGAACAUUUCUCCCAUCAAGAAAACCAGUGAUGUCAGCAAGGCUCCUCAGUUCGUGGACAUCCCUCUGGCUGAGGAAGACUCCUCUGAUGAAGAGUACCAUCCCGAUGAAGAAGAUGAUGAUGAGACAGCUGAAGACACGUUCCAGGAGAGUGACAUGGAGAGCACUGCCUCGUCUCCCAGAGGCAGUCGACUGAACAGGGUGGAGGAUGACAGCUGCAGCCCUUGGCAGACUUCUCGAAGCCGCUCUAGACGCCUGAGGCCAGGGCCUAGUUCUAUGGGCCCCCCCCCUCCUCCCAAAGCCCCGCCCUCUAAAGCAUUUACUGACAGCACCUUCCUGGAGAAGCUUCAUGCUGUGGAGGAGGAGCUGGCUGUGUGUAUGGAGCCCUACCAGCCUCUGUCUGAGUCGGAGGAUGAGGUCGGUCUGAUGGCUUACCGGACUCGGUCCAAGCGUCCCUUACGUGAUGUGCCAAUGGGCCGGCUGGAGGCGGAGCUCCGAGCUCCUGACAUCACACCUGACAUGUAUGACUCAAGCUCUGCCCACGAGGACAGAGAAUGGACUGAUUGGCUGAGAGGUCUGAUGACCUCAGACAUGGACAAUGAAGAGGAGUGUGAUGAUGAAGAUGACCCUGAAUAUAACUUCCUGGCUGACAUCGACGAACCCGACCAGGAGGAUUACCGUGACGACAAGGCUGUCCGCAUCACCAAGAAGGAAGUGAACGAGCUGAUGGAGGAGCUGUUUGAAACACUGAAAGAAGACCUGGCGGGGCAGGAAGUGGAGGAUGAAGGUCACGAGGAGGAGGAGGAGCAUCAGGAGGAGCCUCACACUGUUCAGACACACACACCUGAGGAGCAGCAUGACAUUGGACUGACCAAUGAUGAUGUGGAGGACGGACCGAUCACAGAGCUGCGUACGGUGAAACAGCAGUUGGAGUUUAUGAGGAGGAAACGACACACACACACAUGGUGUAGCACACAAAGUCCAGAGCCACACACGCUGAAACUGGAUGGAAGACAGAGGAUCCGACUGAGGCAGCAGCUACAGCAGCACAUCCAGCUUUUGACUCAGAUUCACCUGUUGACUUCCCCUGUGGCCAAACUUCACAGUGAGGCUGAGACCACCAGACAGUUCCUGUUUGAGUUGGACAUGUUGGCUCAGAGAGGAGAGCUGCUCAUGUCCUCAGCUCGUCCUGGUUUCUGCAGCACCUUCAGAGCCUCUAACCUGCAGGGGGCCCUGCAGCUGCUGGAGGAGCUGCGACAGACUCCCAUCAGCUAUCAGCCACAGCUCCACCCACCUGAUGCCAGAGGACACAUGCGUUGUUAUCCCGUCAUGCCAGCUGAGCUGGCCUGGCUUUUUGCCACCCGUCCAGUCUUCCUCUACCCGGAGCUGCUGCCCUGUGCCAGCCUCGACCCGGCUCUGUACUGCCCCCGCAGGACAGCUGCCUUCACUGCAGCUGAGGACUGCCUCCUGGUCCUCGGUCUCAGGAACAUGGAGGGCUCAUGUGACCCAACUAAGUUGGUGUCUCAGUUCCUGCUGCGGAAGACUCUGGUCCAGGUCCGACGAAGAAUCCUGCAGUGCUGCAGACCUGGUUACCCCGACAACAUCGUCAAGGCCUACAGGUAUCAGCGGGUGCUGUGGCCGAUGUUGGUGGCCUGUCGUCAUGUGGACCGGGCAGAGCGGCGCCCCCCGGUGGAGAGAGAGGAGCAUGUGAUGCCUCUGUGGCUGGCGAGGAGUCUUCCUGUCAUCUACCCGACCAUCAAACACUACAACAGCCAGUCAGGCUGCGCCCCAGAGGCCCCGCCCCCCUGCAGGUCAGGUGGAGCCUGUCAGAGUCACCUGACCCUCCUCCGCUACACUUCUGACACCUACAGCUUCCCCCCUGGGACCAGGUACCCUCCCCGCCUCCCCCCAAACCUCGACUUCAGACGCAUCGGCUUCCACCUGCUGCAGCAGCCCCUCCCACCCCCUCCCCCUGACCCCUUGCCCCUCCCUGAGUCCUCCUCCUGCCCUCAAGUUCUCGGUCCUCCGCGGGUUCUCCGUCACAUCCUCCUGUCCCGGACUGACUCUCACGCUGACAUCAUCACCACCUCCUCUGUGUCCAUGACAACCAGAGAAAAAAUCAGAUGCCACUAUCAGACCCUCACCAGCCUGAGGACAAGGAGUGAUAGAGACGCUGUUACUCCUCCUCCUCAUGAAAGCUCCACCCCCUCUCAGGUGGAAGUGCUGGAGAAUGAUGAGAUCAUCAGUAUGAGUGAGGAGGAGAAGGAGGCAGAGGGAGAGAAGCAGGAGGAGGAAGAGGAAGAGGAGAGCGAGGUCCACCUGGCCCUAUCUGAAUCGUCACCCAGCUCAACAGGAAGUGUUGCCCAUGACAACGACUCAGCUGACCCACUGGAACUGGAAGAGACGGCAUCCAGAGAGGAGGAGGAGGAGGAUGAUGAUGAUGAUGAAGAGUCGGCCGUUCAGCUGCAGGAGGAGCCUUCGUCAUCUCAGGCAACUGAAGAAGAGGAGGAGGAGGAAGAGCAGGAGCAGAGACAGUCAGAUGAGGAGCUGUUUGCUCAGGAUUAUCUGCUCAGAGUGUGUGAUGCGGUGCAGGUGUGUCCGGGGCUCUCUGAGCAGCUGCUGCAGGUGUUGGAUCAGGUCUCGGGGGCGGAGCCUCUUUACGACAGACUGAGCAGCCUCCUGCGGCCGUGGCCUCAGCUGCUCAAAGACUUUGCCGCCUUCUUGUCCCGACGACAGGCUCGCCGCUGUGGACUGCUGGAGGAGCAGCAGCUGUUUGAACGCAGCCGGCGGUUUCUAUGGCGACUGGGGAGGAGUCUGGGGAAAGGCUCCGCCCUCUACCAGCAGGUGGUGUCAGUGCUGCAGGGAAGCCCCGCCCCCCCUCCUGAGCUCAUGGUCAAGAUUACGUCUCUCCUCAAAUGCCACCCGGACCUGCAGGAGGAAUUCUGGGAGUUUUUCCAGCAGCUUCACGCCCAGCCAUCACCCUUAGCAACCAGCUCUGACACCACAGAGGCAGACUACAUGUCCCAGAAUCCUCCUCAUGGGAACUGGAAGAGAGACGAGAGUGAGGCAGGAUGUGACAGGGAGGAGGGGGAGGAGUCAGGACGAGCCGUCUGCGCUAAAAACAUCUCAGUGACAUCGAGCGUAGAGAAAGUGGUCGUCUGGACCCGUGACGCGGAUCGUGCCAUCCUGACAGCCUGUCAGCAGAGAGGAGCCAAUCGGAAAACGUUCCGACACAUCUCCGCCCAGCUGGGGAACAAGACCGCCCAACAGGUGAGCCUUCGCUUCCAGCACCUCAUCAACCUGUUUCACUUCCAAAAGUCCACUUCCUGUUCCUCAGAUGGCCGGCCUAUCAGCAAGCAGGAAGCAACUGUCAACUGAAGGCGGGGCCGGGGGCAGACAGCUGUGCAGAGACUGUGAUCCAGUUGUUCUGCUGAGGGAUCCGAGCUGUGACCCCAUUCACAUAGCCACUUCCUGUCUGAGAAAGAGUCCUCAGACAGAUGAACAGUCGGGCUCUAUCAGCUGUUCCACAUCUAACUGAUGUUGUUCUGUUGUUCAGAGCAGCUGUUCUGGACUCACCUGAAGGUUCCCCAGAGAGUUCAUUCCAGACUUAAUUCUCAGAACAAUUCUGAUUCAUUUGGGAUGUACCACACGUUCUACCAGCUUCAGCUCUCCAGUUCUCCAGUGGUUUCAAAGCAAAGACCCCAAACAGCUUCAGUGAUAGAUCCUGUCAGUACAUGUGACUCAAGAACGUGAUCAAGAGGUUCUGUGUCCACAUCUAAGUUCCAGUUCAGUCAGAGUUCUAGAGUUAAUGUGAAUCAUCGUUAAGUUUCUCAAGAGUUCUUUAGAGUUCUGCGGACAGUUCCACUGUGUUUUCAUCAGCUCUUCUACAUUCACUGAAGUUGUUCCCGUUCUUCAGUUCAGACUCACGAUCAGACUGAUGUCUGAGGUUCUACAAUGAAGUUAUUGUUGUUCUGUGUUUGAAGGAAUCUGCAGCAGUGCAGGAGAACUGACCAAUCCGCUGCUCUCACUCGUCUUUAUUUAUAUAAUAUCAUUAUUUAUUUUCAUUGACCUCCUCUGAUGUCACGGAGACCCCGCCCACUGUAGGGGCGGAGCCUCUGUAAGGCCACAUGACAAGAAGGAAACACUAAAACAAACCAAUGAAGCAACAAGUCGUCUGUGAAACAUUUCGGCUUCUUCUUUUGUUUUUAAUGUUUUAUUUAUGAGACGUUCAGUAGAAGUUCACAGUGUUCCUGUUCUACACGUCCAGCUGCUGAGCACCAGAACCAGUCCAAACCACUGAGGACCAUUAAGAGCCAGUAAGAACCGAAGAGGAAUGAUCAUGUUGGUGAUUGAUCUCUGCAGCUUUGAUCUCUUUGGACAGAAUUGAAACUUUAAUCAUCAAACUUUUAUUAUGAAAAUAUCAACAUCUGUAUUGUUUUCCUUUCUGCAGCUCUGAAACUGUGUGUGAAUAAUAGAGGUUUAGUUUCCCAUGAUGCAUCGGGGUUGAACCGCUGGAUCAUUUCCAUGAUUCAUACUGCCUUAUUUAGGUGUUAGUGGAGGUUAUACCGACGUGCUGUGAAGGUUUUAUUCAUAUUGAAUAUGAUGAACAAAGGUCGACUGGCUCAAUUAAACAUUUGUACUGUUUUUAACCUGA